AUGAAAACCUUCCAAGGGACAUACCGAGUUUGGUUCAGCGAUUUGGACGAGCGGCACGAGAUCCCAAGAUUCAGGGCUUUGGAAUCCUUUACGCACCACCGAUCACCAAAAUGUCCCCCCAAAGAUAACAACGUGCACGAUUACCUUAUGAACCACCAAGCGGGAAGGUGUCUCUGGACGCUACUAGACAAAUUCUUUGAGAACAAAGCUCGUACUUGCGACAACAGCUGUUCUGGAUGCUCCAAAUUUGAUCGUUCCGUUCCCGCCACUGUUUGUCAUGACACCAAAUCGAGCCGUUCGGAGGAAGAGAGACACAUGGCCUUGAAGAGACUCCAGGCGUGGAGAAAGGAGGCGUACGAGAUAUGGGUGAGCAGUCAACCUUACAGGGUGGGCAGAGAGACGUGGAUCCUGCCGGAUCAUGCGGCUGAACAGCUGUCGCAAAAAUUCUCUGAGGCCAGAACUGCUACGGCAGUCAAGACCAUCGCUUACUCCUGCAAUUGGGCGCCCCUUGGAGAGAAUUUGUAUGGCGAAGUCGCGCAUGUCCUGGACAGGCUCAACAGAGAGAUCGACGCUCGCCGUGGAUCAGGUAGCCAGACGACGGCGGCGUCUGCGCUAAACCAGUUGGAGGACGGCUUUGACGGCGAUAAGGAGGGAAGUGAUGGUGAGGAGGACUUACUGGAAUCAUAA